AUAAAUUUACGUAAAUAAACUUCAAUAUGCAUAAAAUCCGCCUGUAUGGAAUAUUCUAAGUAGUGUUUAAAUAAAACAAGAGGACAGAAUCAUUAUUAACAGAAACACCAAUUGCUAAGUGCUCAUAACCUCUUAAAAAUGACGAAAUUGUUUCUUAAACCCAACCGCAUCUUCUCUGCGGUUUUACACCGAUUAAAAUACAGCACGGCACCGAAAACAGAAUCUACAAUAAGAAUAAACGGCGCAGACUUCAUAACCGACGAUUACACCAACGUAACCCCUAAAAUACUAUCAUAUUUGGACCGGAACUUGCAUCUUCAGAAAGAUAACCCUCUCUCGAUAUUGCGGCAAAGAAUUGUGAACUAUUUCUAUUCCUCGUUCACGUAUCGAGGUAAUCCGACGUUCAGCGUGUACGAUAACUUGUCGCCGAUCGUCACGACGAAGCAGAACUAUGAUGAUCUGUUAAUUCCUCUGGACCAUCCAAGUCGGGUUAAGUCGGACUGUUAUUACAUUAAUAGGAGCACGCUACUGCGAGCUCACAUGACUGCCCAUCAGAGCGAGCUGCUGAGGUCUGGGCUGGACAACUUCCUCAUGAUAGGACCUGUGUUUAGAAGGGAUGAAAUUGAUUCAACACAUUUUCCCAUAUUUCAUCAGGUUGAUGCAGUGAGAUCACAAAGAAGAGAACAUUUAUUCCCGGAAAACGAAGAUUUACACAUAUUUGAACCGUCAUUCGACACAACGAAGCCUCACGCUUUCACCAACUCCAUCUCCGAUCCAACGAAACAAAGUUGCCACACACUAGAAGCAACUAAACUCAUGGAACAUCAAUUAAAAGAGCAUCUCCUCGGCCUUAUAAAGGCAUUAUUCGGAGACAAUAUCAAAUACCGAUGGGUGGAAGCUUACUUCCCAUUUACCCAUCCGUCUUACGAACUAGAAAUAUUCUACAACAACUAUUGGCUAGAAGUUUUAGGCUGCGGUAUCAUCAGAAAUGAAAUAUUAGUGAAUGCAGGACCAAAUCACACUAUUGCCUAUGCUUUUGGCUUGGGUUUAGAAAGGCUAGCCAUGGCAUUGUAUAAAAUCCCUGAUAUAAGAUUAAUGUGGAGUACGGACUCGGGGUUUUUGACACAAUUUCAGAAUAAGGAGCUGAAUGCGGAGAUAGCAUAUAAGCCUGUGUCUAUGUACCCCCAGUGUACGAAUGAUAUAUCAUUCUGGCUGCCAGAGGGGCUCACUAUUGAUAUAUUUAUGAGCAAUGAUUUCUAUGAUCUAGUCAGAGAUAUUGGUGGUGAUAUUAUUGAACAGGUAAAAUUGAAAGACAAAUUCGUCCAUCCAAAGUCAAAGAAGCAUAGUCUAUGCUACAGCAUCGUGUACAGACAUCUAGAAAGGACACUCACACAAGCAGAGGUUAACCGUGUGCAUAAGGAGAUUGAGAAAGCGGCCAUCGCGACGUUCAAUGUUGCUAUUAGAUAAAUCAUUAAAAAACUAAAUUGAUUUAU